AUGUACGCCGGCUACGGUUCGUCCAGCGGAGGAGGGUACGGUGGAGGCAGCAACAGCACGUACGGGUACGGCGGCGGUUAUGCAAGCUCCUAUGGAGGAGACAGUUACGGGGGAGGCGGAUAUGGAGGGAGUUCGUACGGCGGAGGCAUGUACGGCGGCAGGCCAGGUGGCGGCAUGGGCAUGGGGGGAUACGGAGCUGACGCUCUGGGCUCGAAACUGCAGCGAGUAGAUUGGAAGGCGGUUGACCUCGUUCCUUUCGAGAAGAACUUUUACGUGGAGCACCCUGCAGUUGCAAGCAUGUCCACGGAGGAGGCGGACAGGAUUCGGCGGGCGAACGAAAUCACAAUCGUUCACGGCCACAACGUUCCGAAGCCGGUCCCGACGUUCGAGUACACCUCCUUCCCGUCGUACAUCUUGGAUGUUAUCAACCAGACGGGUUUCCAAAAGCCUACAGCAAUUCAGGUUCAAGGGUGGCCGAUUGCCCUGUCUGGGAGAGACAUGAUCGGUAUCGCCGAGACAGGAAGUGGAAAGACUCUCGCGUUUCUGCUUCCCGCAAUUGUCCACAUCAAUGCUCAGCCGUACCUUAGCAAGGGUGACGGUCCCAUUGUCUUGAUUCUGGCGCCAACCCGCGAACUCGUCGAGCAGAUCCGGACCCAAUGCCGCACCUUCGCAGCGUCGUCGAAAAUCCACCACGCCGUGGCGUAUGGAGGAGUCCCCAAACGCCCUCAGAUCAUGGAGCUGGAGAGAGGAGCCGAGAUCUGCGUCGCCUGCCCAGGCCGGCUCAUUGAUUUCCUCGAAUCGCGGGUGACCAACCUCAGACGCGUGACGUAUCUGGUCAUGGAUGAGGCUGAUCGUAUGCUGGAUAUGGGUUUCGAGCCGCAAAUCAGGAAGAUUGUCUCUCAGAUUCGCCCCGACCGCCAAACGCUCAUGUGGUCAGCGACGUGGCCGAAAGAGGUUCAGAACCUGGCGCGGGAUCUGUGCAAGGAAGAGCCGGUCCACAUCAAUGUCGGCAGCCUUGACCUUCAAGCGUGUCAGAACAUCAAGCAGGAGGUCAUGGUUGUUCAGGCUCCGACGAGUAGGCAGGAAACGAGGAAGGUUCCCAGGAGAGUGGAGAAGUGCGCGGAUGAAGAAGAGUUCGGCGACAGCUGCGGCGUGGAGUACGAGAAGCGAGGCCAACUGAUGAGCCUUCUCCGAAGAAUCAUGGAUGGGUCCAAGAUCCUCAUCUUUGCGGAAACCAAGAGAGGUGCAGACAACCUGACACGCGACAUGCGCGUCGAGGGCUGGCCGGCGUUGUCUCUGCACGGCGACAAGAAGCAAGAAGAGCGGACGUGGGUUCUAGACGAAUUCAAGAAUGGCCGAAACCCGAUCAUGGUGGCAACGGACGUCGCCUCCCGCGGCUUGGACGUGAAGGAUAUCCGCCACGUCAUCAACUACGAUAUGCCCAACCAGAUCGAAGACUACAUCCACCGCAUUGGCCGCACGGGGCGUGCAGGCGCGAAAGGCUGCGCGUACACCUUCUUCACUCCCGACAAGUCGCGCUUGGCCCGUGAGUUGGUCCGCGUGCUGCGCGGGGCGAAUCAGCCGGUGCCGCCUGAGUUGGAGUCCUUGGGCAUGUACUCGUCGUCGAGUUCCGGCCGGAGGUGGGGCGGUGGCGGCCGUGGCGGGCGCGGCGGGAUGCGCAGCGGCGGCUUCGGGGGGGGUCCGAACGCCCUUCCCCUCGGUUCCAGACCGUACUAG